AUGAAAUCAUAUAUCUUUAACCUUAUUGUUCUUGUUGCUUUAUUUUCUCUUGACUUUAUUGAAGCCAAGAGAGAACCACCUAAUAAAUAUAUAACUCCUAUACAAGCAGGGAUCUGUAAAACAGCUCUCGUAAAAUCUAAUGGAACACAAAACCCAAACGGAGAAUGCUCCAGUCAAAUUCUAGGUGAUUUGCCAUCAUCUUCAAAAAUGGUUUCCACCCUCAUUGUGAGUCCUGAGAAUGGUGCUGAAAUCACUGCCAAUAAAAGAUUUAAAAUUAGAGUCGAGAUUUCCAACUUACAAACUGGUUUCUUCGCUGACCCUGCUACUGAUUACUACGAUGUACCACAAACACUUACAGAAGAUGGUAUUAUAAGAGGACAUGUUCACAUUUCCGUUCAAAAAUUGAUUGGAAAUGGAAUCCCUAAUCCAAAUUUAGUUGAGUUUUUCGAAGGUUUAAGCGAUGUAGUUGAUAAUAAAGGAGGAUUAGAAACAGAAGUUCCAGGUUUAUUCCCAGGUUUUUAUCGUCUUUGCACGAUGACUGCAUCCGAAAGUCAUCAACCUGUUGUUAUGCCUGUUGCUAGACGUGGAUCUCAAGAUGAUUGCAUCCGUUUCUCUGUUACAUAA